AUGGAACCUAUAACUACUAUUAAUGUUGUUGAUCAUCAAACUGAUCAAUCUAAUAAUACUCCCACAAUAAUGCAUCUGGAUGAUGAACAAUCAAAUAAAGAUAUAUGUCCAUGUGAUAAUCAUGAAAAUGAAUCUUCAAUACAGUUAACAAAUGAUGAUGAAUUAAUAAUAAGACUUGAUAAUUUAUUACUUGAUAAUGAAUUAGAUUCAAAUAUAUAUUUUCAUUCAUAUCAAUCAGAAAAACAAAUGUCAUCUAUAAUGUCUUUAAUUAGUAGUACAUUAUCAGAACCAUAUUCAAUAUAUACAUAUCGUUAUUUUAUUCAUAAUUGGCCUGAUUUAUGUUUUUUAUGUUCAAAUCUUGAAACCAAUGAUUUAAUUGGUGCCAUUAUAUCAAAAUUAGAUUUACAUAAAAAUUCUUUACGUCGUGGUUAUAUAGCAAUGUUAGCAAUUAAGCAAGAAUAUCGACGAAAAAAAAUUGCUUCAACACUUGUUCUUAUGAGUAUAAGAGAAAUGAUAAAACGUGGAUGUGAUGAAAUUGUACUUGAGGCUGAAGUAACUAAUCAUGCAGCUUUAAAUCUCUAUGAAAAUUUAGGUUUUUUACGUGAAAAACGUUUAUAUCGAUAUUAUUUAAAUGGUGUUGACGCUUAUCGACUCAAACUUUGGUUAAAAUGA